GUCAUCGUUGACGUAUGAUAAUUCCCUAGGCGUGCUGGGCAAGUAACUUGAGAGGAGCCAUCCCAGUUUGUCCCAAUAAAUAGAGUUAGGAAUCGGCAAUUGUUAUAGCCUUUCGAGAAGUUCAUCACUUAACAAUGGCAAACGAAGACGUCUCGCACGACCUUUCAUCCCUUCUUUCGUCGGAAGAGAGGGACUUUCUCAUCCGCCACAAUGGUGACCAGGUUAGGGUCAGCAAUUUGGUGGGGAAGAUUGUGGGAUUCUAUUUCUCUGGUUCGUGGUGCGGGCCGUGCCGUAAUUUCACUCCGUUGUUGGUAGAAGUCUAUGAACAGCUAUCAUCCAAAGGGGACUUUGAGGUGGUCUUCAUUUCUUCUGACGGAGACGAUGAAUCCUUCAACACCUACUUCUCCGAAAUGCCAUGGCUUGCUAUUCCCUUCUCUGAUACCGAGACCCGCCAACGUCUCGAGGAAUUGUUCAAAGUAAAAGGGAUCCCUAGACUUGUCAUUUUUGAUACUAAUGGUAAGGUUUCCUGCGAUAAUGGAGUCAGACCUGUCAAGGAACAUGGCGUGGAUGGGUAUCCGUUCAACCUUGAUAGACUGAACUUCCUAAAAGAGCAAGAAGAGAAUGCUAAGAAGAAUCAAACCAUAAGCUCUAUCUUGGCUUCCAGCUCACGUGAUUAUGUGAUUUCAAAUGAUGGAAAAAAGAUCCCUGUGUUGGACCUUGAAGGAAAAUUGGUUGGCUUGUAUUUUUCAGCCCAUGCUCAUAGGAUGUGCCGUGAAUUCACUCCUAAACUAGUGGAAUUGUAUAAGACGCUCAAGGAAAAACGAGAGAACUUUGAAAUAGUCCUAAUAUCUCUAGACGACGAAGAAGACGACUUCAAAGAGAGUUUUGAGACAAUGCCUUGGUUGGCAUUGCCUUUUAAGGACAAGAGCUGCGAGAAGCUAGUGCGGUAUUUUGAACUUAGCACCAUUCCUAAUCUUGUCAUAAUUGGCCAAGAUGGGAAGACUUUGAACCCAAAUGUAGCUGAACUGAUCGAAGAACAUGGUAUUGAAGCCUACCCAUUUACACCGGAAAAGCUUGACGAGCUAGCUGCAAUAGAAAAGGCAAAACUGGAAUCGCAGACGCUUGAGUCAGUUUUGGUUAAUGGGGAAAAUGAUUUUGUGAUUGACAAAAGUGGCUCCAAGGUCCCAGUGUCUGAACUAGUUGGAAAGAACAUUCUUCUUUACUUCUCAGCUCAAUGGUGCCCUCCAUGUCGUGCCUUUUUACCCAAGCUAAUUGAAGCAUACCACACAAUUAAAAGAAAAGACAAUGCAUUUGAGGUGAUCUUCAUCUCAAGUGACAGAGAUCAAUCCACCUUUGACGAGUUCUAUUCAGAAAUGCCUUGGUUAGCCCUUCCAUUUGGUGAUGAAAGGAAACAAAUCCUGAGUCGGAAAUUCAAAAUUCAAGGCAUUCCUACAGCUGUAGCGAUUGGCCCAAGUGGCCGGACCAUUACCAAGGAAGCUCGGAUGCACUUGACAGCUUACGGGGCAGAUGCUUUUCCAUUUACCGAGGAACAUCUAAAGCAACUGGAGGAGGAGCUUGAGGAAAAGACAAAGGGGUGGCCAGAGAAAGUGAAACACGAACUUCAUACUGAGCAUGAGCUGAUUCGUACUAAACGCAAAGCAUAUGUUUGCAAUGGCUGUCGUGGAACAGGACAUAGUUGGUCUUUCUAUUGCAAACAAUGUGACUUUGAUCUUCACCCCAAGUGUGCUUUGAAGGAAGAUGAAGAUACUGGAAGUGAAAAGGGAAAGGAAGGAAUGAUCUGCGAUGGAGAUGUGUGCCGCAGAGCUUAAGCAGGCAAGCGCUGCUUGUGUCUGGUUUUAUGGGCUUUCUGCUGUAGUAAGUAUGCAAUGGAAGAUGUGUGUUGCAUGUGUGUGAAUAUAGGGGGGAUGUCUCUCCUGUUAUCGUUAUGUAUCUAAAGAGUGUGAAGCUGAAGGGUUUUCAUGUCCUGUAGUUGGAUACGAAAAUAAAUAAACAGCUCUCUGUGUUUUUGUGAA